AGUUCCACUUUCUCUCUUUCUCAACCAAAGGCUGCAAUGACUUCAACCACCAAAGAAGUACCCAUAGAGCUUCUUCCUUUUAUCCGGGUCUACAAGGACGGCUCAGUGGAACGCCUCGAAGACACCCCUAUUGUUCCACCAUCACCUGAUCAAGACCCAGAAACCGGAGUCUCAUCCAAAGACAUAACCAUUAAUUCAGAGAACCCUUCCAUCUCAGCUCGCCUUUACCUCCCAAAACUCACUGCUCACAACCAAAACCAAAAGCUCCCCAUCUUAGUUUACUUCCACGGCGGCGGGUUUUUCCUAGAAUCCGCCUUCUCAAGCCUUUACCACCGCUACCUCAACAACUUGGUCUCCCAAGUCCAUGUUCUCACCAUCUCGAUUGAGUACAGACUUGCACCAGAGCACCUUCUUCCAGCUGCUUAUGAAGACUGCUGGGCUGCACUUCAAUGGGUUGCCUCUCACUCAGCUGGUAACGGUAAAGAGCCGUGGUUAAUCAAUAACGGUGACUAUGAAAGAAUAUUUAUAGGCGGUGACAGCGCUGGUGCCAACAUAGUACAUAACAUGGCUAUCAGAGCUGGGGUUGAGAGCUUGCCUUGUGGUGUUGAAAUUUUAGGUGCUUAUCUUGCCCACUCUUAUUUUUGGAGUUCUAAGCCAAUUGGGGCAGAGCCUAAGGAAGGACACGAGAAGAGCUUGCCGUAUUUAUUUUGGAACUUUGUGUAUCCCUCAGUAACUGGUGGUGUUGACAAUCCAAUGGUUAAUCCAGAAGGGCCAGGUGCACCGAGCUUGGCUGGGCUUGGGUGUGAUCGGAUGCUUGUGUGUGUGGCUGGGAAGGAUUUGAUGAAGGAUAGAGGUGUUUGGUAUUUUGAAAUGGUAAGGAAGAGUGGGUGGAAAGGGGAAGUAGAAUUGUUUGAAGUGGAGGAAGAAGAUCAUAUUUUCCAUAUCCGCAAUAUUGAGACACAGAAUGCUAAGGCUAUGGCCAAACGCUUGGCUUCUUUUAUCUUCGAGUAAAACUAUUUUCUGGCACAUUAUUCUAGGACUGCAGCUUGACAGCAAGGAAUAAUAAUUAUAGCGGUAGUAGAUGCUUCCUGAUGAAUCUUGACGAGUCCCACUUGCUUCCUACCACUGUUUAAGUUUAACUUUUUUUUUUGGA